AUGGGCCACUCCGCCCCAACCCGAGUCUCGCGGGGCCGCGCGCCCUCUCGGAGCCCGGGCGUGAACCUCGUCUCCGUCCCCCUGCCCCGAGCCAACCAGCAGCUCACGGGAGCAGUGCCUGCCGGGCUCCAGGGGCGGCGGCCAUGUUUCCCGGGUCAGGUGACCUCAGGCAGCUUCCGCCUUCCGCCGCUGGGCCCGCCCCUCACCGGCCACACCCACGGUGGGCCGGCCACGCCCCCGCAAGGCAGCACUCCCCGCCCCCACUCUGGCCUGCAGGCCCCGACAGUGUGGGUCGUGUUUGAGGCCUGCUUAAGCGGCACGUGUACCAUGUACUCCACGGCCUGCACAUAA